GGGACCAGAAACAUAUUAUCUUUAUUGGCCUAAACGCUUCACGCAGUACGGCUAAUGUACUGUAUGGCCUCCAACUGGACGUCAUGCCAUAUCACACAGUGUGUUAUCAACAGCAGUUGUCACAUGGUCGGACCUGCCCCCACCAGGGUGUAGCAGUCUUCUGAUACAGUGAUCAGCAAAAUGGAGGUGAGAGAUGGUCCGCAAGAAACGACGCCGUCGCAGUCUGUCAUUAUGUCUAAACGAACUAAGAAGUUUGUUCGGCGUUUCAUCAGGGGAUUUGCAAGUGGCUUGGCGUUGUAUUCUGGAUUUAAAACUGUCACGGCUCUAACGAAAAAUCCGUUCCGACGUGGUCUACCGCUGAUCCCCGGACAGAUCUUGAGCUCGGACUGCGUCAGGUUCUCCACGUUCCUGGGCCUGUAUCCUAGCGUGUACCACCUGGCCGUGGACCUCCUCAAGAAAUACCGAGGAAUCAAUGAUGGGUGGAACUACGGACUUGCAGGGGGCAUGGCCGGACUCACUAUCAUCGUGGACGACCAUAGCAGGAGAAGCGUGGUGGCGUUGUUCGCUGUUGCCCGAGCACUCGGAGCUGGGGUAUCGACUCUGGUGACCCGUCAACUUCUCCGAAAGGUUCCAUACAGUGAAACAAUGGCCUUCUGUUUGUGUUGUGGUUUUCUUGUGUACUGUACGGCCUUGAGACCCAGUGUACUUGCCAAAGGGUAUUACCAUUCUAUCUUGAAAUGGUCACGUGACUACACAAACGCGAAGCUGGACCUCCUGUUCAGGUUGCCUAGCGACCAUUUCAUAUCCUGCCAGGAAGGAGGUCUACACGCAGACUCGUGCACCCGACAUGCAUUCUGGGAUUUCCUGUGCAGUAUUUCAUCUUUUGCGAAGCUCUAUUUUCCCAUCCAUGUCACCCCUAUAGUCAUCUUUCGCCGUCACCUCAUCGUGGAGAAACCAAAAGUCGUCAUUCUAUCGCUGUUGAGGAAUCUGGUCAUGUCAAGUGCUUUCCUUUCAACAAUGGUCAUGUUGGCCAAGUACGUCAUAUGUCUCCAGCGCAACUUCAUCCGGAAGCCACCUCCAUUACCUCCCUUUGUCCCGAUCGUAGCCGGCUUCGUGUGUGGUCUCGGGGUGUUGUUCGAGAGGGAAAGUAGACGGAAGGAGUUGGCCUUGUUCCUCGUUCCACAUUCCCUACAUGCACUAUACAAUAUGGAGGUGAAGUCCAAGGUUAAGGUCCUAUCCCGGAUCCCCCACGGCUAUGUAAUUUUGUAUUCAAUGUCCAUGAUGGUUAUUAUGCAUGCAUAUGAACGCCAACCAGAGUCGCUCACUCCUCUUAUCAACGGACUAUUGCGUUUCUUUGUUGGUAGACGAAAAGUGGACUGCAAGAAAGCAAAACAAGCAUAGUGCGCUUCCGGUUAUAUUGCAAAUUAGUUUUGGCAGUUUCGGUGGCUUUGUUUGGUUGUUUAUCUUACUGUAGUCCAAGGAAGUGUUAUUAAUAUCUUGUUGGGUUCUGUUCAAAGCAGUCUAAGUGCUACGAAAUGUGCACGUCAGUAUGUUAUAACACUGUUUAUCUUACUCAUACAAGGAAGGCUGAGCAUGUUGUCCUGUUGAUCCAAUAUGAAUCGGUUGCUCAUGUUGACUCAGUAGGUUUGCAAAAGUGGUCGUACAUAUCAAUUUGAAUACAUAAAAACUGGAACCAUUCUCACUCACUUUUAUGUAUGAACAAUCAUUCAUAUCCAGUAAUACUGCUUCUCCACAGAGAUUAAUCUCCUUGAAUGGAUAAUAAUUGUUAAUAUCACUAUUCAACCAGCUUUAAAUGAGGGCUAUCUUCCACAGCCUGGAGCUAAGUUACAGCAUCCACUUUGUUUCGAGUGCAAUUUUAAUCUCGUCUCCCUUUAAUAUUGAAUAUUAUUGAGACUAGUGGAGAUGUUUGCUAACGAGUUGUAUUCCCGCUAACCAUAAGGCGAGCUAGCCAGUUAUCAGCAGUAUGCUAUAUUAAGCCCAGACUAAAUAUAUAGAAAAAUCGUCAGUUAGUUUAUCUGAACAGGUUUAUCUCCGUGAACUUUAAAGCGGAUAGUGGCCCACUUACACAAACUGCCUCGUCCACUAUAGGUCUGUGUAUAGAGUUUUUGUCACAGUAGUCUCCGGCCAUAACAUGCUCUAUCAAGUGUGCUGGGAUGUGUCAUGUGCCUUGCACAUUGCUUUAUCUGGCACAAACCAUGCCUAUAGGAUGCGACACUGUUGAUUGAUAAUAACCCGUCCUGGUUUGCCCGGACAAGGCCUAACUGCUCAACAACCAACUGUGAUAGGGAUGAGUUCUGUAUUUAUGUUUUCUCAGUGACAUAAUAUGUCCCUUUGAAGUAUUGAAAUUCUUCAUUUAAAAAACUAA